AUGGUAUUGAAGUUCUCAUUUGUACCUUCACAGAUCUCCACAGGUUUGGACAGUCUGACUCUUUCUGACUUCAGUCCUGGAAGUUCUGCUCUCAGUACUCCAUUGUGCAUCCAACCCACAGGCCCGAUACCCACCACCUCCAGUGAAUGGCUGAAAACCCACGGCCUGAAGGCUCAAAAGCUGGAUCUGUAUCAGCUGCUGGCUCGUAACGCCUAUUGUCCACAAGAGACGUUUGUGCCAAUCUUGGAAAAGACUGUUUCCUCUACAGUUCAUGUGCGGGUCAGGGUACGGGUUGAGUGGCAUGAUGGGACAGUGAAGUAUUUGCAUGUCGAUCUUCCAUCGGUGCAAAAGGUGCAGGUUCUUCUGGACAUGUCUGGGAUGAACGCCCACUACCAGCUCCAUCUCCAGCACGCCCUGCGAAUACUACUGCAGGAGCAGCUGGCCAACAAACACAGCUUCAAUAUCAUCGUGUAG